AUGAAGCCGAUAGUUCUCUACUCACGGCUAAAUGAAGAAAUUACACUAAUAAGUCACACAGCCUUUGGGCCCAACCCAUGGAAAGUGGCCAUCGUUCUCGAGGAGCUCAAGCUGCCCUAUAAGACACACAUUUUGAAGUCAGAUGAAUUGAAGCUGCCAGAAUAUGAGCGUAUCAGUCCCAAUGGUAAAGUUCCUGCUAUUGAAGACCCCAAUACUGGAGUUAGUCUCUGGGAAUCCUGUGCUAUCAUCGAAUACCUCGUCGACACCUACGACGAAGCCAGCACGAUAAGCUAUUCUACACUCCCUGGAAAAUACCAUAUCAAACAAUUUCUAUAUUUCCAAGCUUCGGGCCAAGGGCCAUAUUUUGGCCAAGCUUUCUAG